UAAAUAUAAAGUUAUUUGAAUCAGCUAAAUGCAGUCAACUGUAAGAGCUUUUAAUUUAUUUUUCACCAAUUAGAGAAAUUUAAAAUUCUCUAACAAAUUUUGAAUUAUCUUUUUCUUCUCUUCGCUUUGAUGUUGUAUAUUUCCCUCUUCAUCCUGUAAUUUAUUAAUCCAGCUUCUUUCUCUCUGCUUCUUUAGCUUAUACGAUAGCCAUCUCCCUGGCUUGUUUGCAUUCUCAAAGUAAUUCUGACCACUCCUUUUAAUUUGUUGUGCUAGUUCUUCUUUCUCAACAAUGGACAACUUAUGUUUAAUCACUUUCAUUUGUUGUUUCAGGCUUUCAUUUUGGGGGUUAUGUUGUAGUUCUAUUUCUAAUCUUUGGAAUUCCUCUUCUAGGAUUUUUCCCUUUUGUUUCUUCUUAUUUUCUCUUGCCAUAUAAGCUAUAGCCACUCCUCUCACAUACGCUUUCGUUGUAUCCCAUAAAUUUUGUAUGUUCGUAUCCUCUUUUUUAUUUUCCUGGAAGAACAACUUUAGCUGUUCCUCCAGCUUUAUUUUAAAUUCUUUGUGUUUUAUAAUCACUCUUUUUAGUCCAUCUGCCUAUUUUUUUUACCCUUUCCACCUGAUUCUCACUGGGUUGGAUCUCACCCAGUUUUAUUCGCGUUGCUUUAAAGGUGCUUGGUGGUGAUUUUGACUUCUGCUGUCAGCAGCUUAGUGAUGAGCCAUAUUCCUAUGGCCGGUCUUCCCCUGCCGGUUUGGAGAGCUGCCCUGGAUCAAGCGGAGGUCCCCUCCUUGCCCGUCAUGCCUACAGGGUGACUUUUGACCCUUUCCAGGGUCCCUCAGUGGGACGAAUUUGGAUGCAGAAGACAGAGCUUGCUUUCCUGCGUCCGCAAGUGCCGUGAUGGCAAACCGGAAGCCAGCUGUAUAAUAUAUUCUUACCUAGCAACUAAGAAAUUUUAUAGUGGAGCCAAUACAUUGCAAAAGCCCAUAUCCUGUUAAUAAAAAAAAUCUGUUGAUAUCAAACCAAGUAAUAACAUCUUAUACCGGACUCAAGGACAGGAUUUUAAAUACUUUUGGCUCAGUGCACAGGCUAUAUGAAAUAGUUUAUUUAUGGAAAAGCGGAUUUUAAAGAAAGAUAACAUUAAGAUACAUUAUUUAUAAAUCACAUUUCACCAAUAUUUCAUAUUUUUUCACAAAAUUUUAGUAUAUAUAAUUUUGCCAUAUAACCUAUAUAUUUUUCAUCUGAACAUGGAAAAUAAUGUUAUUUCUUAUUUUUCCAAUAAUUACAUGGGUAUGGAUUUGGAUUGCAUUCAUAUAAUAAAUGUCAAUUAAAAUGGUAGUUCAUGGUCGCAUGUUUACCACAUGUUAUGAAAUUACAUUAUACAUCAUUUUUUGGCAUUCUUAAACAGCUCUAAGACCUGAAAAAACAGGAGUGGUUAUGAUUUUUUUAAGAAAGAUUCUACAGUAUGAAACUUUUAAUAUUUAACCAUUUUAACAUUAUAUAUCACAACUGCUGUUCCAUCUCUUUUUUAUUUUGUUUAUUUAUUUUAAGAAAUGAACUUUUAAUAAAAAAUCUCUUAUUCUUUAUGUACAGAGCUGGGGUGAGAACAUGGUCAGCCGAAAGGUUUUGUGGGAGCCCUGCCGAUUUGGCAGGGAAAUGAGGAGCUUCAGCAACUGUUGUUGGGCUGGCGGCGGUUGGGCUGGAGGCUUGGAGGAGGGAAGAAAAAGGAGGAGGAAGCCGACGGAAGAAAGAAGAAGGAAGGUGGCAAGUUUGGGACGUCGGCAGUUGGUUUGGUGAAGAAUUAGCCAGGCAAAGAGAGAGAGAGAAGAAAAACCCUUUUGAGAGACAUCCCGGUGGAUUCCCUGGAGUGACUUAGAUGAUCUUAGAGAGCAUUUAGCGGAGUUGAAGAGGACUCGGAUCAUCAGAGAAUCUCGAAGUCCUUAUGCCUCCCCCAUAGUGGUGGUCCGGAAGAAGAAUGGAUCCUUGAGAAUGUGUAUAGACUAUCACACUCUUAAUUGGAGGACCAUUCCAGAUGAGUACACAAUCCCUCAAAUACAGGAUGUUUUGCAGUGUUUAUCAGAGGCAAAGUGGUUUAGUGUGCUGGAUUUAAGGAGUGGCUACCAUCAGCUUCCCAUGCAUCCAGAAGAUAGAGAGAAAACUCAUUUCAUUUGUCCCUUGGGGUUUUAUGAAUUCAAUCAGAUGCCUCAAGGUUAUCAGGGGCCCGGGCGACCUUUCAGAGGCUGUGGGGAACAUGAACUUGAUACAGUUAGUCUACCUAGAUAAUAUUAUUGUCUUUGGUGAGACUCUUGAACAGCAUGAGGAGCGUUUGGAGAAGGUAUUGACAAGGCUCCAUGAGGAAGGGUUGAAGCUGUCAUUGGAAAAAUGUCAAUUUUACCAACCAUCUGUUACAUAUUUGGGUCAUGUUGUUUCUGUAGAAGGGGUAUCAACUGACCCCACCAAGCUUGAGGCUGUUGUUUCCUGGCCUAGACCCCAAAAUGUGGCUGAAUUGUGAUCGUUUUUUGGGUUCUGUUCAUACUAUCGGAGGUUUGUUGAAGGGUUUGCAAAGAUAGCUCGUCCUCUUCCUGAUUUGUUAAAAAAAUGAAGAGGAAAAGGAUGUGCCUAUUUCAUUGGAACCAUGUCCAUCAAAAUAGGGGACCCAGGAAGUCUCGGGAAUCUAUUCAGGCAGAGUGGAGUGGGCAGUGUGAGCAAGCCUUUGACCAGCUGAAAUGGAGGCUUACAAAUGCCCCCCAUCUUGGCUUAUGCAGAUCCUAACCGGCUGUAUGAACUACAUAUUGAUGCUAUUUGGGAUGGUUUGGGGGGGUAUUGUAUCAGGAGCAUGACAAACAUCUGAAGCCCAUUGCAUACAUCAACAGGGGCCUAGCUGUAGCCGAAAAUAAUUAUCCUACCCAUAAGCUGGAAUUUUUGGCUCUUAAGUGGGGUAGAAUUCGAGGUUAAGACAGACAACAACCUACUCAUGUACCUGCUCAUAACUGCCAAACUCGAUGCCACGGGGCAUCGGUGGCUAGCUGCCCUUUCCAGAUUCAGAUUUACCAGCCGGGUGUGAGGAACAGGAAUGCAGAUGCCCUGUCGAAGAGACCUCAUGAUCGGGGGUACAUGUUGAAGAAUGGGUCCAAUUGACCUCCGAUGGUAUUCAAGCAUUGUAACAGGGGGUUGAGCACCGAGGUUGAGAAGCAAUUGGGGCAGAGGCAGUAGGGGUCACUACUGCAGUUGUUCCUAACUUGUAUUGUAACCCUAUUCAAGUUAGAGGGGAGGGUAUAUUUGUUCUAAGAAAGAUUUGAAAAGAGAUCAGGUGGAAGACCCCUUUGUGGCCUGUCUGAAAGAGCUCUGAGAAGUGGUCAGUGAGAGGUUUUACUCACCGAUCUAUCGAGGGGAGCCCGAGUGUUGUAUAAGGAAUGGGACCACUUACAGCUCUGGAAUGGUGUGGUUUAUCGGAAAGACCCUUCUGACGGGCAUGAGAAGUGGCAACUCUUGCUCCCAGAAAAACAUAAGGAGUCAGUGUUAACUGCGUUAUAUGAUGAACAUGGACAUCUGGGGCCAGAGAAGACUUUUAAGCUAAUGAGGGACCAGUUUUAUUGGCCUUGUAUGAAGACAGAAGUUGGGGAUUAUUGUCAAUCCUGCCUGCGUUGUAUCCAAAGAAAGACCCUACCUUCCAGGGCUGCACCGAUGGACCAUCUGCAAAGCUAUGGGCCCCUGGAUCUAGUUUGCAUCGACUUUCUCUGCCUGGAACCGGAUACAAGUGGGUGAGGAAAUGUAUUGGUUGUGACGAUCAUUUCACUCAUUAUGCACAAGCCUUCCCAACAAAGGAUCAGCAUGCCAUUACGGUAGCCAAAGUACUUGUACAGAAGUUCUUUGUAUGCUAUGGGCUACCUCAGCACAUACAUUCCGAUCAAGGUAGAGAUUUCAAAAGCAGGCUUGUCAAACAACUAUUGGACAUACUGGGCAUUCAAAAGUCACGCACUUCCCCCUAUCACCCACAAGGAGACCCACAGCCUGAGAACUUCAAUCAUACCCUUUCUUAAUAUGCUGGGGAUGCUGACCGCAGAACAGAAACAACUUUGGACACAACAUAUUUCUACCGCUGUACACGCAUGUAAUAGCAUGAAAAAUGAUGCUACUGGGUAUUCUCCAUAUCAACUGAUGUUUGGCAGGGAGGCUCGACUGCCAGUAGAUAUAACAUUUGGCAUUUCAAUGGAUGAGACCUCAAUUAGGUUACAUCGUAAUUAUGUAGACAGGUUAAGGAGGAAUUUGAAGAUGGCAUAUGAAAAGGCUUUGGUCGCUGCAGGGGUUCGAGAACAGAGAAAUAAGAGGAACUAUGACCUGAAGUUGAGAGUUCAGGAUCUGCAACUUGGCAAUAGGGUAUUACUGAGAAAUUUGGGCCUCCCUGGGAAGCAUAAAUUGGCAUAUCGAUGGGGUUCUCAGCUAUACAUUGUCAGUGAGAAGUCACAGGGAUUGCCAGUAUAUCGGAUUCAACCAGAAGGGAGCUCAGGUCCAUUGAAAGCAUGGCAUCGAAAUCAUGUAUUGCCUUUAAAUGAGGCAAUACGAGUCUCUCAGCCAGCUGUUGCAAAAGCAUCUGAACCUUGCUCAACAGGGAGAAGAUCAGAGACUCAAGCACAACCUGAUCCACCCGUGGAAGAAGAAGAGGACUCUGAAGAAGAAGAGGGUUGUAUGGGUUGGUUGUGGUCAUUGGAAGACAUUGGAGCUACUUCCCCUGUAUUAGAUACUGAGGUGGGGCUUGAACAGCUUAGAUCAGAUGCCCGAGUUUGUACUCAAAGCUUGGGAAUGGGGAGAAGCUCUCAGAGAACCUGAGGUGGAUGAGCAGUCUGGGGAGCUGCCGGGACAGGAGGAAGUGCUGUUAGCUCCAGAGGCCCCAGGGCUAGAGGAGUCUAUAGAGAUAGGCCCAAUUAUUCCUGCUCCACAACUGCCAGAAUUAGAGAAUGGGCCUCCAGCCCCGGAGAUCUUUGGGGGUGGAAAGUUACAGGAGGAGGACCCUUGCAUUAUUGCCGAGUCCAAAGUACAGAGAUCAAGAUGGGUGAUACACCCAAUUAGAAGAUUGACAUAUGAUGCUCUGGGCCACAGCACAGAAGAAGUGAUACUCACUGCUAGACGAAAUUCUGAUUUACCUCCAGACACCUCAGAUUCCCGGUAACAGGUUUUUUAUUUUUGGGGGGACCAAUUUUCUGGUACCCUGACAUUUUCCCAGCAACUAUGGCUGAUAUCUUCAGAGGUAAAAGUGGUCUACUCUGUGCUAUAUUUCUUGGGAGGGAGAGAGGGAAAGAGAGAGAUCCUGUGUAUAUAGGCAACAUAGCUGCCAAAGUUAAAAAUUAACUGUUAAUUCAGUUCUUCAAGUAGAAAAUACACAUUCCAUAAGACAAUUGUAAUAAGCUAGCUGAAGGACCAGAUUUGCAACAUGACUUCACAGAAACAUAAAGAGUGUUAACCAGAGGUCUUCAAACUUGGCCCUUUUUUUAUUGAA